GUACAAAAUACAAAUAAAAUGUAGUACGGGCAAGCAUAGUAGGCUGUAGGCAUCGAUAUCACCCAUGAAGCCUCAUGCAGAGAGAAGCAUUGAUGGCGAUGGCGUGGUGAUCGUUGCAUUGCCAUAGGGAGGUGAUACAAGCGGGAAAUUGAAGUGGGCGUUGGGAUAGGGCAUAGGUACACGAUGGCCAUGGUGUCGAGGAAGUAAAUGGACCUCAGAUCCGUGUUACCCCGCCAAAAGAAUGGGGGAUACACAAGGUUAGGGUCAGUGGGUGAGCUGGGCGGCGCACGGGAGCCCGAUGUUCGAUAGGAUGGAGCAGGCGACGGCGAGGGUAUCCACAGUCGCAUGGCCAUGAGCUUGGGUGCAUUUGCGACGCCUUUGAUCCCUCGUGUGAUGCCUCAAAUGGCAUGGGCGCCGUCCCUGUCGUCCACCGUCAGCAGCCCGACCUUGAUCCUGCCCUCCCGCCUGUACCCUCCUGCCCUCCCGCCCUCCCUAGUAUACCCUGCUUCUACCCCAUCCCUAGCCUGCUCUUUGGCAUGGUCAUGCUUCAUAUUCGAGUCCUCCCCAUCCCUCACACCAUCACCGUCGUCCUGGUCGUCAUGGUCAUUGGCUUUGCAUCUAUACGCCUUCCUGGCGGCAGAUGGAAGCGGAUUCCGUGGUGAAUGGCGAUUGGCCCUGAUUUCGAUGUGGGGGAUGCUAGUUGGGUCGCGGCGGCAACAGGAUGUGGUUGAAUGGCGGCGGCAGGAAUUGGAGGAAAAUUAUGCUGCCUUGCUGAGGAGGGCUUACGCGCAGGCUAGUGGGGGAUAA